GUCCAAAGCUUGGCUUCUCCCAGCGUACUGUCACAGAAUUGGCAUUUGAGGCUACGUGAGAUUUCUGCGAGCGGAUUUAAGAAUCCCGCGUGGUGGGAAUUCUGACUUGAGAUGUGGUUUGUGAUGCCGGCUUCCUAGAAUAAGGCCACUCCUGUAAAGGAAAAAAGUAAGUCUCAAGCCCAGAAAUUCAUCCUUGCUAAGGAUACCCUUGAUGAGACACCAUUACCAGGAUUUCAGGACAGAUCCUAAAUGUGGUGGGCACUUCGUAAAAGCUGUUAAAAAUGACCAAGUCCCAGGUCUUAUUGUCAUUCAAUGAUGUGGCUGUGGAUUUCACCUGGGAAGAGUGGCAGCUGCUAGACAUUGUUCAGAAGAACCUCUACCGGGAUGUGAUGUUGGAAAAUUAUAGCAACCUAAUGUCAUUGGGUUAUCAAGUUACAAAGCCAGAACCAGUGAUGCACUUGGAGAAAGGAGAAGAAAAAGAAAAAGCAGUAGUAGAGAGGGAAUUCCCAAGUCAGUGUGGCCCAGAAAGACCCCAUAAAUGUGUCUCAAGAGGAAUAAGUUUGAAACAAAAUUCAGACCCAAGUUUUCAGAGUAAAAGCUAUGCAGAAAUGAACUCUGAUGAGUUAAAUGGUUAUGGGAAGUCAUUUUUCUGUACUCUACAUGAAACCUCCCACCCUCGAGCCCAGUACUAUGAACAUAAUUUAUGUGUGAGGUCUUUCAGCACAGUAACAAAUCUUAAAAGACAUCACAGAAUUCACACAGAAGGGAAACCUUAUGAAUGCAGUGAAUGUCCCAAAUCCUUCAGGUAUAAGUCAAAGCUCAUAAUACACCAGAGAACCCAUACGGGAGAGAAGCCAUACAGAUGCAGUGAAUGUCAGAAAGGUUUCAGUACAAAAUGUCAUCUCACUCUGCACCAGAGAACUCAUACAGGAGAGAAACCGUAUGAAUGUAUCGAGUGUCAGAAAUCCUUUAGAACAAAAUAUCAUCUCAUUCUACACCAUAGGACUCAUACAGGAGAGAAACCCUAUGAAUGCAAAGAAUGUGGAAAAGCUUACAGGGAAAAGACGAAGCUCAGAUUACAUUACAGAACACAUACAGGAGAGAAACCUUUUGAGUGUAGUGAUUGUGGGAAAGGUUUUAUGCAAAAGUCAAACCUGAUUAUCCAUCAAAGAAUCCAUACAGGAGAGAAACCCUAUGGACGUAAAGAAUGUGGAAAGGCCUUCUGUAGUAAGUCUCAGCUUGUUGUUCACCAGCGAAAUCAUACAGGAGAAAAAUCCUAUGAAUGCAGGGAAUGUGGGAAAGCCUUCAAUAAAAACUUGCACCUCAUAACACAUCAGAAAAUUCAUAUCAGAGAGAAACAUUACGAAUGCAGUGAAUGUGGAAAAGCUUUUGUACACACAUCACAGCUCAUUCUACAUCAGAGAAAUCAUACAGCAAGAACACCUUAUGAAUGCGAGGGAUGCGGGAAAGCCUUUAAUAAAAAGUCACACUUCAUAACCCAUCAGAGAAUUCAUACGGGAGAGAAACCUUAUGAAUGCAGUGAAUGUGGGAAGGCUUUUAUAGACAAGUCACAGCUUAUUGUUCAUAGAAGAACUCAUACGGGAGAGAAACCUUAUGAAUGCAAGGAAUGCGGGAAAGCCUUUAAUAAAAAGUCAUCCCUCAUAACACAUCAGAGAAUUCAUACGGGAGAGAAACCUUAUGAAUGCAGUGAAUGUGGAAAAGCUUUUAUAGACAAGUCCCAUCUCAUUGUCCAUCAGAGAACUCAUACAGGAGAGAGACCCUAUGAAUGCAGUGAAUGUGGAAAAGCUUUCAUACGAAAGGCAAUGCUCAUUGUCCAUCAGAGGACACAUACAGGAGAGAAACCCUUUGUAUGCCUUGAAUGCCAGAAAGCCUUUAGCAGUAUGGCAAUGCUCAGUAGACAUCAGUUGAUUCAUACAGGAGAGAAACCCCAUGGAUGCAGUGAAUGUGGGAAGGCUUUCCGCCAAAAAAGCCAUCUUAUUAUCCAUCAACGAUGCCAUACUGGAGAGAAACCCUAUGGAUGCAUUCCAUGCGGUCAAAUAUUCAACCAGAAGUCACAGCUCAUUAGACAUCAGAGACAUCACACAGGAGAGAAACCAUAUCAGUGCACUCAAUGUGGGAAAGACUGUUUUGAGAAAUCAUACCUCAGUGUCCAUCAGAGAAGUCAUGCAGGGCAGAAACCUUAUCAAUGUGGUGAGUGUGGGACAACUUACUCUGUCAAGUUCUUUCUCACUUCACAUGAGGAAAUUCAUACAUGAAAACAAUCCCAGAAACACAGCACUGGGAAGACUUUAGUGAGAUGCCAGAUCUUCCUGAAUAUAAGAAAAUUCACACGAGAGUCACCCUAUGAAGGCAGGGAAAGUUAAGGUACUUUUCCAUUAAUUUUGGCCUUUGUAAGUUUCAAAACUUACCCAGAAGAGAAAUCUUUUAAAUGCAGUGAAUAUAGGAAAAUUAUCUACUACCAAUGUAGCCUCAUAUUUCAUGAGAAAAAAGGCAGUAUGAAUGAAAAGUUGAAAUCUCUUCUUGAGAAGAGAUCCCAUUAUACAUCACACAAAAUGAAACCAUUGGGUACAACAAAUAUUUUUGAUAGGCUAUCAUAAAGUAGUUAGUUUUCACUGUGGAAAAAAAUCUCACAAAUAUUGUGAAUUCUUGAAUAGCUUCCAAACAAAUGAGUUUUCAUACCAAGGAAUACAGAUGGCUGAAGACUUGUGAUAAGGGAUGCCUCUGGCAUGAAGUCCAAACUUAUCAUGCAUCAGAUAAUAUUUUUUUAAGGAGAAUUAGUAGAGUGUAAUGGUGGGAAAGUUUAUUUACAUAUAAACAACUUUAUAAUAAAAAUUUUGAUCAUCACAAUACCAUGUAUUUAUAGAAAAUGUAACACAAAGUAGUCAGUUAGGAAGAGCAGAUAACUUUAGCAUGCCAAAGGACACUUUGUUUCAUGUUUGAAUAUAUUGUGUAGUCAAAGAAGUAAAUUAAGAAAGGUCCCAGAUGUAUGUAUUUGCUUUGUGUCUGAGUAUUUUUGUAGAACAUGUAUAUGAUGAUUUUCAAAUUGCAUAAGGUAAUGAAAGUUGUGUACCACGAAAUUCUUGUUCCAGUUUGUAUGUCUAAUAGCUACCAAAAAUGCCAACAUAGUGAAAUAUAUAAAUCACAAGGGAAAUAAUUCAGCUUAACAUUAAACAAUACUAUAACACCAUUUACACCUUUUUGGUUUUUCUUACUGUUACUGGUAUUGUAAAUGAAUCUGGUACUUUUCAGCCCUUAGGAAUGAUACAUUUUUUUAAAACAAAUUAUCUUCUGGUUGUCACUCAGAAAACAAAAAACAAAACCCAAAAAAAGCCCCAUUACAAAUAUUGAGGUUUAAGAGUGAUAAGUAAUCACAACUCUUCUGUCCCCAAAUGAGUUCUGAAAAACUGGAAGCAGCUGCUAUUUUCAAAUAAAUGAAGAUUAAAAUGUCACUUGUCUUGGUGGUUGUGCUGAAAUGGGGAAUGAAUAUGGCUUAGACUUAUAGCCAGACGUGCUUGCCACGGCUUUCCUCCAUGAAAACCUAGUUUAUUUGUUCCUAGAGCUGCUGUAACAAAGUAUACUAUUAACUGAAUGUGUUAAAACAGCAGAAAUUUACUACUGUCUCAGUUCUGGAGGCCAGAAGUCCAAAGUCAGGGUGUCAUCAGGGCCAU